UUUUGCUGCCCUCAGAGACCUUAGUCGGUCCCAAUUACCCUUUUGAGCCCUAAUCGUAUUUGGUUUUCACUUGCUUCCCUUCCUCGGCGUGCCGUCACCAGGUGUUGAGUCUCAUAGCGUGUUCAUCGUUUUCUCUUCCAGACUCCUUUAUUCAUCGUCCGGAAUUCAUUUUCUUAGUCGGCCGUAUUUGGAGUGAUCAAGUAUUGUGGAUUCCUGGCAAUUGCUGCUGGCCUCUGCUCUCGUUCACAAUCUCAUCAUUGGAGUCGCCGACCGUCGUCUGCUGCUUCUGGCCGUCGGUGAGUUUGGUUCUCUUUAGAUACACGUCUUCACGCCUUCACCAGUUGAAGGUUUUCGGGUCUUGCCUCUUCAUUUCUGUCUAGCACAAACAGGGAUCAAUUGCUUGCUUAAGUAUGACAGCGGAAGUUGAGAAAGUGGAAAAAGAGCGCAUCAGGAAACGGCCUCGUCUUGCCUGGGAUGUGGGGCCAUCUGAACCAGAGGCGCAAAGGGAUCUGGUGGUGGUUGGAAAUGAAGGAGCCUCAAGGCAUGCUUCACCGCCGAAAAGGGAUGAUGAUCGUGAGGGGCAUUACGUAUUUAAUCUUGGGGAGAAUCUAACUCCACGAUAUAAAAUACUCAGUAAAAUGGGUGAAGGCACUUUUGGCCGAGUUUUGGAAUGUUGGGAUCGUCAAACACGGGAGUAUGUUGCAAUCAAGGUGGUUCGGAGCAUACGUAAAUAUCGUGAUGCAGCAAUGAUUGAAGUUGAUAUACUUCAACAUCUUGCUAAGAAUGACAAAGCCAGAGGCUCACGCUGCGUGCAGAUUCGAAACUGGUUUGAUUAUCGCAAUCACAUUUGUAUUGUAUUUGAGAAGCUUGGACCAAGUUUAUUUGAUUUUCUAAAGAGAAAUAAAUACUGCCCAUUCCCUGUGGAUCUUGCUCGGGAAUUUGGACGUCAGCUAUUGGAAUCUGUAGCAUAUAUGCAUGAUUUACGCCUAAUUCACACUGACCUGAAACCAGAAAAUGUACUUCUUGUGUCUUCUGAAUAUAUAAGGGUACCAGGCUGUAAGAGAAAUUCUUCAGAUGAAACACAUUUCAGGUGCUUGCCAAAGUCGAGUGCCAUUAAGCUGAUUGAUUUUGGUAGUACUGCAUUUGAUAAUCAAAACCAUAGCUCCAUUGUGUCCACAAGACAUUACAGAGCCCCUGAGGUUAUUCUAGGUGUAGGCUGGACUUAUCCAUGCGACUUAUGGAGUGUUGGUUGUGUACUUGUAGAGUUAUGCUUGGGUGAAGCACUAUUCCAGACACACGAGAACUUGGAACAUUUGGCAAUGAUGGAGAGAGUGUUGGGACCUCUGCCAGAGCACAUGAUUCAAAAGGCCAACCGGGGGGCUGAAAAAUAUUUCAGAAGAGGAUUGAGAUUGAAUUGGCCUGAAGGAGCAAUUUCUAGGGAGAGCAUCAGGGCUGUAAGGAAGCUUGAUCGUCUCAAGGAUAUGUUAGCUCAAAGGGUAGAGAACUGUAGAUCAUCGCUCGUAGAUCUGUUGCAUGGUUUAUUGAAAUAUGAACCAUCUGAACGACUAACAGCGCAGCAAGCACUUAAUCAUCCAUUUUUCCAAAAUCCAACUUAAGGAGAUCACUUGUUCAGACCAUGAGUUGUGCAGAAGAUCACUUGUAUUUAUAGAAGUGUGAAAUUAAUGGAAAUGUUGUCGGUCUUUGUGACUUUGUACAAUAGUAAUAAUGAUGCCUGUGGCACUCAUUGUUUCCUCACUAAUUGGAUCCCAGCUUAGAAUAAACCUUCACCUGAAAUAAAUUUAUUCAAUAGAGAAUAUGAAAUAGAUUCAGGUAA